AUGUUUGGAGAGAUAAUAAGUAAAGUCUCAUCUUGGGUUGAAAGUUUUAAUAAUGAAGAAGAAACUACUAUUACAAUCCCAGCAGAGGACAAAAGUGUAGAGUCACAUCUUUUUCAAAAUAAUGAAUUUCCCGGAGUAUCAAAGUCGGAACAAACUGAAAAUACUGAAAGCACACCUUCCGCUUCCAAAGAAUCAUCCACAUCUGAACAAAACAGUAGAUCAGAAUCCGACUCUUGUAUUAAGCCAAGUGAACAUUAUUCUGUGGACACCUUAGUUAGUCCUGAAGUGUUUAGUAACGCAAUUUCUUCUGUAGUGAUGGUAGUAAAAGAUACAGUGUCAAAAUUAAAAGAAUCCGUUCUAAAUAAAAACAUGCUAAGUGAGUUCAAUAAGGAACAGGAUCGAUUUAUUCAAAAUCAACAAGAUGACUUAGCUUUACCUUUGCCCCCUUGGGUAGGGUGUCCCAAUGAACACGUUUUAAAAGAAAACUGCCUUAGUUUAUCCUCUGAUCUCAGACAUUUUCUGUGUAGCCCACCAUCUAGUGUGGAUUUUCAAUUCAAUUAUAAAGCUUGUUACCCUACUGCAUUGGCCGUUAUGAACGAAGAUCCCGAUCUUGAAAAAAUUCGUUAUAAACUUGUACCUAAAGCGAUAUCAGAAGAAAAUUUCUGGAGAAAUUAUUUUUAUCGUGUGAAUCUGCUAUGCCAAGCAAAUGAGGAGUUUGAUAAAUUAGAUGAGGAAAAAACUUUAUGUAAUCCUGUAGUUGACACGAAUCAGAUUAGUACAUCUCUUUUAGAAGAUAACGGGGUUUCGGAGACCGAUUUUGGUGUUGGAUUAGACUGA